AUGAAGCCGUAUUCUCCUGAGAUUGAUAAAAUAUUCAGUGGCUGCAUGGAAUUUUCGCGACAUGAUGAAUCCUAUGAUUCAGGCGAUUCAGAAGUUGAAAACGCCAGCCUUGGCCCACGGAUGCACAAAUAUCUAACUAUUUUGCCCCAAGAUGCACCCUUCAAAGUCCCACUUAAACAGAUAAACGGGUCUGUUUCAGCACAAACAAAUUUCCAUCACCAACAAUUUACUUAUGGUAUGAUAGAUGAUCAUUACAAUGCUCCUACCCCACUGGUACCAAAGUAUGGUUAUGAACAAAGGAUGACAGCCCCUGGAAUGGAAGAUCAGAAUCCCCAUCAAGACAGUUUUCCCCUCUUUUACUCAGCUCCAAUGCCCUCCCAAGAUCACAAUGGUCCCUUUCGCAUGUUUGGCCUGAUGGAACGACCACAACCAUCCGGUUUAGUAACUCCACCACCACCGGAACCAAAGCAAGGCAAUGAUUCAUCGAUGAUGGGUUUUCGAAGGGGCGAGAACUCUCCUCCAUUCCAAAUAACUCCAAUGGCUCAACAUGAAGCGAAUAGCCCAAUGCUAAUUUCCGCCCCAGAAUGGGUUUAUUUUGUGGAUGUUUCACCAACACCACAGAAUGAACCGGGCAAUAAUAGCGAUAGUGUUCAUUACAGCUUUUACUCUGAGUUUUACGCCUACAGUGUCAUAAAAUCUGAUUUAUUCGCUAUCGCCCCUGGAGUUAAAACCACUUCCAAACUCAUCGAUGAGGAAUGGUUAAUAAGUGUCCUCGUUUUAAAAUUAAAUACUUGGUUGAAACGGAAAAUAAAUAAUGGUCCUCCCUCUCUCGUGCUGGUGAACUUAGAAGAAUAUCAACGUUGUUAUGAUGAGCUUAAAAACCGUUAUGCCAAGAGUAUAGCCUCGUUUUGGUGCAUGGGAACUGACCCAAUCAAAUUUAUUCACGAAGAUCUUGGAAUAGCCGCUUAUCUAUUAUGUCUAUGGCGAAAUGAUACCAUUAAAAAGCCACGAUUCGUAGACAUUGGGUGUGGAAAUGGAUUACUGGUUUAUAUUCUAAAUUCAGAAGAGUUUGAGGGCACUGGAGUUGAUAUCCGCAAACGGAAUAUAUGGGACUCGUAUCCUGAUAAAGUGAGGCGAAAUCUGAUUGAAAUGACAGUUGAUCCUCAAGUUCAUCCAGGUUUCCCUGAGGCCGAUUGGCUAAUUGGUAACCAUAGCGACGAAUUAACUCCCUGGUUGCCUAUUCUUGCUGCUCGGUCAAAUCCUCAUUGUCGAGUCUUCGUUAUUCCCUGCUGUGCUUUCAGUCUUUUUCAUAAAUUUGACUUAGGAAAGCACAGAAUCCCUACAGACUCUGCGGGAAGUGUUUGGCAAGGCCGUUUCGGGGGCUACUUAUCCUAUCUUAUGGAGCAUUUUAAAUCGUGCGGCUUCAUUCCGGAACUGGAUAUACUGAGAAUUCCUUCCACUAAACGAUUUUGUAUAGUUGGAAGAAACUUCCCCUUAAAUGAUUCAUCGACUCGUGUUGAGAAGGUCAAUUCUGUCAUACAGUCUGAAAAUCCCCUUAAAUCCGCCUUCACGCCAAGAAAAGAGGAUUCAGGCAAAGCUCCUUCAUCUCUUUCUAUGGAAGAUAGGGUUAAAAUUGGGGCAAAUAUUUUCUCAAAGGUCCUCGAACUUGGUUCUACCAAGGAAAAGAUUCUUACUGUUGACGGACGUCUGUGGAAUUCUGGUGGUUGUUUAAGUAUCAAAGAAGCCUGCGAACGGCUUGAUCCUGAAGUUGUGGCGAAAUUAAAGCUAAUUCGAGGUGGAUUACAAACUGUCCUUCGGAAUCAACACCAGACCUUUAUGGUGACUGGUGAAGGAAUACGGCUGCGUUACGAACCGGAAGGGUUGAAAGCAAAUGGUAACAAGAACAGACCAUGGAAAAAAACGCCAUGUUGGAUGGAAUCCAAUCACCCAGAUGGUUGUCCUUAUCCUGCCUCGCUGUGCCGCUUCGCCCAUCGAAUGGAAUAG